AAUACAGCGGAGGAGAGCCGACGGGCUUUGCAACCUCAUUCUUAGAAUCCCAUGUUUCAGGACACCGGAAUUGGAGAUUUCCCUCUCCGCUCCGCUUGCAUCAUCCCAAUGAAGUCUCCCGAAUCAGACUGAAAUCCCCCCCAUCCCCCCCAUCAUCCCCUUCCUAGUGCCAUGUAUCAAAAUGGCCAAAUUCAAUCCACCAUGGAUGGAUCUUUGUCACAGAUGCCCGAUCUUAUGGAACCGUUUGCCGAUUUCAUGACAGGAUUGGGGGAUGUCGAUAUGAUGGCGAUGGGGAUGGAUCCCGCCAUGACUGACCCGUCGCAAAUGUAUGCUGCCGCCUCCGACCCCCGAACGACCCAAAUGACCGAUUCCUACGCAAACUUACCCACAACAACCGCGGAUCUGGGGCAGGUAAGAGCAGGACCGCCUCCCGUUGGAUUCAUAUCUACACCACUAUCGGAGCCACAGUCGCGGAGCGGGGGAGGUACAUCGAGUGGGAGCACAUUGGAAUUCACGAAGCGGAGAAACUGGUCGCAACGACUCAUCGAAGAACUACGAGACUUCCUACACAUCCUCUCCCCCGAAGGCCGCAUAAUCUACGUCUCGCCAUCAUGUCAACCCAUCACUGGCUACCCGCCGACCGCCCUCAUCGGCAAGUAUAUCGGCGAGUUCAUCCACCCCGACGACGCUGGCAUCUUCGUCCGCGAAUUCAACGAAUCCAUCGCGUCCGGCCACAACCUCCGCUUCUUCUUCCGCUUCCGCAAAGCCGAUGGCAGCUACGCCAUCUUCGAGUCGCACGGCCACCCGCACCACGCCUCCGACGCUGCCGCCUUCGGCCCGAACAACGGCAGCGCCUUCUGCCGCGGCAUCUUCAUGAUGUCGCGUCCCUAUCCGACCAAGAACGCCGUCCUACUCGACUCCUUCCUCGAGCACAAGAUCGAGAACGAAAGGCUGAAGAAGAAGAUCCUCGAUCUCAAACGUGAAGAGCUGGAGGAGGUCGAGGCGCAGGAGCGAGAUUGGGAGCUGGAAAGUCACCCGCACAGCAGCGAUGCAUACCGCGCGGAUACGCGAGCCGAGAGCGAUGUGGUGUCGAAUCCCGGGACCUCAACGCGCAUGCCGCCGCCGCCACGACCAGCCGUCUCGGACAAUGCGCUCACGCGCCAGAACCUCGACGAGGCGCUCGCGUCGGCGCGAGCAGACGCGAUCAACGACAAGAUGGCGCGGUACGAAGCGGCGUCGUACCUGGAGUCGAUCGAGAUGAUGACAGGGCUGCGGUAUCGGGACGGCGAGCGGAGUCAGGGGAUCAGCACGGGGGACACGUCGCCGGCGUUGAUCCGCGGGGAUGCGGGGAUCGCAAUCCCCGCGGACAGCAUCCUCCGGGACCGUGGGGGCGGGGAUAAGAAGAAAAAGAUGAAGAUCGUGGAUGAGUAUGUGUGUCAGGAUUGCGGGACGCUGGACAGUCCGGAGUGGAGGAAGGGGCCGGGGGGGCCGAAGACGUUGUGUAAUGCCUGUGGAUUGCGGUGGGCGAAGAAGGAGAAGAAACGACAGAGUAUCAGCGGGGGUUCGGAGAAUCGUCCGCCGACCGCGUUGCAUAUGCAUUGAGCGCUUAGACGACCUUUUCUGAUGUUAUGGCACAUAGAGCGUCUUGACUAUCUGGUUGUUAGACCGGAAUUAUGAUCAUGAAAGUUAUGGGAGAGGACUGGCGCCUCGAAAAGUCGGAUUAAACAUAGGUAAUACAGGAGUCGGGAUUAUAGUUCCGAGCCCCUUGUAUAAGGUACGGUACAGUAUAUGAGAUAUGAUUUAAGAUACCACCACAGCAAUAAGUAAUAUCGCGUUUCAACUUUGUCAUCAGUGCUUACUUGUCGCACAUGAGCCAUGCCAAGUGUAACGUCGUAAUACAAGUCGAUAAUAUUGCAGCCUCGUGCAACAAUG